AUGCUUCGUGAAGUGAAACCCAAAAAUCCGCGCACUGCGCGCAUCCUCAAAGCAAAGGAGCCUCAACUCAUUGAAGGCCCUAAGCGCGCACUGAUCCUCCACGGCUCAAAAUGCCCAGCUCCCCUGCACACCGUCCUCAAGACAAUCCACUCCCUCACAACGCCCAACUCGGUCCUCUUCCACAAGAAAAACGCCAACAUUCACCCAUUCGAGAACGUCGAGAGCAUUGAGUUCCUGGCUGACAAAAAUGACUGCGGCAUGGUUGUCUUCGGAAGCAGCAGCAAGAAGCGACCUAACUGCCUGACGCUCACCCGCAUCUUCAACACCAAGGUCUUAGACAUGUGCGAACUGCUCCUCCUGCCCAACCCCGACGACGAGAUCCCCGAAAUGAGCAGACUCUCUAUGCAGAUUGGCGUUGGGCUCCGGCCGCUUAUGCUUUUCUCCGGAAGUGCGUGGGAGGACGAGACGUCGACAACGCAUACGAUGGUUAAGAGCAUGCUUGUGGAUCUGUUCAAGGGCGAGAUCAGCGAUAAAAUCGAUGUCGAGGGAUUACAGUAUGCGCUUAUGGUUGGCGCGGAGGAGCCCCAAGCUGGGUUGGCGCCCGUUAUUCAUCUACGGUGGUACAAGAUUGUCACUAAGCGGAGCGGACACAAGCUGCCACGGGUGGAGCUUGAGGAGAUUGGUCCCAAGUUUGAUUUCAAGGUUGGACGUAUCCAAGAGGCUCCUCGGGACGUCAUGAAGGAGGCUAUGAAGCAGGGCAAGAGGCCGAAUGAGGAGAUCAAGACGAAGAAGAACAUUAGCAUGGAUCUCAUUGGUGACAAGGUCGGUCGGGUGCAUCUCAACAAGCAGGAUCUGGGUGGAUUGCAGACGAGGAAGAUGAAGGGUCUGAAGCGACGGGCGGGCGUCGAGUCUGAUGAGGAGGGAGGUGGUGCGGAUAUGAUGGAUGUGGACGAGAUUUCAGAGGACGAGGGGCCAAAGCGGGCAAGGCGGGAGUGA